AUGUUGGCUCAUUCAAUUCUGGUCACCCUGGUGGGACUGGGCCUGUUGGUCUCUUCGAGCACGGCUGGAUACGUGCUCCAAGACGACUACAGCGCCGAUCAAUUCUUUUCCAUGUUUGACUUUUUCACCGACCCGGAUCCGACGGGCGGCUACGUCCAAUAUGUGGACCAAAACACAGCCCAGCAAGGUGGCCUCAUCAACAACAACAACGGCGCCAUCUACAUGGGCGUCGAGCACGCCAACGUGGCCUCGGGCUCCGGCCGACAGAGCGUCCGCCUGACAAGCAAGAAAUCCUACACGCACGGCCUCAUCGUGCUCGACCUGGCACACAUGCCCGGCGGCAUCUGUGGCACAUGGCCGGCCUUCUGGACCGUGGGGCCCAACUGGCCCACUGCCGGCGAAAUCGACAUCAUUGAGGGCGUGAAUUCACAGCUCGCCAACUCCAUGGCCCUGCACACGGGUCCGGGCUGCAGCGUGGCCAACGACGGCCUCUUCUCCGGCCAGGUCUCUACCCCCAACUGCGACGUCAAGGCCGCAGGCCAGCCGGGCAACGCGGGCUGCGCGAUCCUCACGCCCAACGACCAAAGCUACGGCUCCGGCUUCAACCAGGGCAACGGCGGCGUCUACGCGACCGAGUGGACCUCGCAGGCCAUCAACAUCUACUUUUUCCCCCGCGGUGCCAUCCCCUCGGACCUUUCGUCGGGCGCCAAUCCCGACCCAACCGGCUGGGGCCAGCCGAUGGCCUCGUUCUCAAACUCCGGAUGCGACAUUGACGAGUUCUUCAACGACCACCAGAUCGUCUUUGACACGACCUUUUGCGGCGACUGGGCUGGCGCCGUGUGGACCACGGACCCGGUGUGCAGCUCCAAGGCCCCGACGUGCGAGCAGUUCGUGCAGAACAACCCCUCGGCCUUUCAGGACGCGUUCUGGACCGUCAAUUCGCUCAAGGUGUUCCAAUCGGAUGGGGGCGCCCCUGGAGGUGCACCACCUUCCGGUCCUCCUCCCGGCAUCCCGGGCCCUGGGGCCACGGUCUCGGCGUCCGUGUCGUUGCCAUUCCCCAGCCCGCCGCCGUCGGGAGUUCCACCCGUCGUCCCGCAGCCCGCAUCACCCCCGACAACGAGUGGCUUUCCGGUCGGCGGCGGUGGCAGCGGCGGUGGUGGUGGAGGUCCCGACGGAGACAACGGCCGGCACACACGCACCUUUGGCACCUGGGGCGCAAAGUUUGUCGCCGUCCCGUCCGCCACAGGAUCCGCGGCCGCCGCAACAGCAACAGCAACAGUCGGACCGCCUCUUCCGCCGGUAUCGGACUCCGCAGCCAUUGUGGACACGACUUCCGAGUCACAGCCCGAUAAUGGGGCCGACGCAGAUACCGACAAGGAAACAUACACGACCGUGACCGCGCUCAGCGAGGAAGAUUUCCAUCCCCGUGCUCAUGCUCAUCGUCCGCGCCGCACUGACGCUCACGCUCACGCACACUUGCACGAGCACGCCCAUCUAAGCCGGCGCGAGGACACGGCUGACGGGACGAUCGAGCCGAGAUCUGCGUCCAUGCCCGUGUCCGUGUCUGAGCGGCAGGAAGAAGGAGACGGAGAACAGCAGCUGGUCGAGGCGUUCAAGACACACCUGUCGAGACGUCGGCGGCAUUUGUUUCGGCAUGCUUUUCCCCAGGCGGGGAGCGAGUGA